AUGUACCGAUACUGUGAACGGUUGAAGAAAUCACUCAAUUCCAUUGAACGUAACUUUCAAGAUUUUCAAACGAAUUCAGUUAAAGUCGACAUCGAAUAUUGCGAGAUUUGUAAUUCAAAGCCGAAAUGUGAGGAAUUGGGCAAAUUCAUUCGAGAAAUGUGCCCAAAAGCAGAUGUUGUGUGUCACACAGGCCGACGAGGUUCGUUUGAGGUAAAAAUUAAUAGUGAAUUGGUGUAUUCAAAACUGACUGGUUUAGCAUUUCCGGAUUAUGGCGAUGUUGUGAAAAAUGUUAAAUUAGCGGCCGAAGGUAAACCAGUAACAAAAG